CUUUCAGCCUCCAUUUAGUGUUGAGAGCAGAAAGAGGAAAAGUGGAGCUGAGGCAGGUGAGUGGAGCGGUGCAGGAACCAGGUGAGGGUGAGGAUGGGAGCAGGGCUGGAGCCAAUGAGGGCUGCUGUUGUGGUGUUUCUAAGUGGGCGAAGAAGCCGUUUAUUUCCUCUGCCAGCUGCACUCUCAGAGGGCGGAGUUUUGCCAUCCACAUAGUGUUCAGUGUAACUGUCAGCCACCCAUCAGAGCUGAAUCUUCCUGCUUCUGCAGAACAUGGAUCGGUGUAUGCCAUUACUUAUUCUCCUGCUGAUGGGCAGACAUGGGCUGUGCCAACAAGAGGAAGUUUGCUCAAAGUCACUGAUCAACUCCUGUGAUGACUGUAUAAAAUCUGGGCCAUACUGUGCAUGGUGCCAAACACUGAAUUUCACCAAAGCAGGAGAACAGGAUGCAGUGCGCUGUAACACCAGAGCUAACUUGAUCAGUAAAGGCUGCAAAGAAAAUGAAAUCAUCUCCCCUAAAAACAAACAAAACAUUGCCAAGAAUGAUCCUCUGUCUGCAUCUCAAAAUGGGCAAGUUGUCCAAAUGAGGCCUCAGAAGAUUGACCUUGACCUGCGACCUGGACUUCCAGUUUCAUUCAAUGUUUCUUUUAAGGCAGCUGAGGGCCAUCCAGUGGAUCUCUACUACCUGAUGGAUCUGUCCUACUCCAUGAAGGAUGACCUGGCAAAUGUCAAAGGACUAGGAACAGAUCUUUUUGCUGCACUGAGAAAAAUCACAAACCAUGCUAGAAUAGGGUUUGGUGCCUUUGUUGAUAAAACAGUCCUUCCUUACACGAAUACCAACAAGGAAAAACUGCUGAAGCCGUGUGAUGAGAACGACCAGCAGUGUCAAGCUGCCUUUGGCUACAGACAUGUCCUUAGCUUGACACCAAAUAAGAAUGACUUCGAAGCUGAAGUGAAAAAGCAGUUUAUCUCUGGGAAUCUGGACUCUCCAGAGGGGAGUCUGGAUGCCAUGAUGCAGGCUGCUGUGUGUGAGGACAAAAUUGGUUGGAACAGCAACAGCACUCGGCUGAUUGUGCUUACCACUGAUGCUGGAUUCCAUAUGGCUGGGGACGGAAAGCUGGCCGGUAUACUGGAACCCAAUGAUGAACAGUGUCACAUGGAAAACAAUCUUUAUGUCAAGAGCACUGAGAUGGACUACCCCUCUGUUGGACAGCUAGCUAUGCAGCUGGAAAAAAACAGGAUUCAGACGAUAUUUGCAGUGACACAAAAUGUUGAGUCUGUGUACAAGGAACUCUCUAAGAUGAUUCCAAAAUCAGAAGUAGGAGUUCUGUCAUCAGACUCCAAGAAUGUUGUUGAGUUGAUUGAAAGAGCCUACUAUGCAUUAUCCUCUAAAGUGACCAUAACUCAUGACAGUCUCCCUGAAAACGUGAGAGUCGUCUACAGGCCGAUAUGCAGCCAUGGAGAAAAAAGCGAGAAACAGGGGGUUUGUGACCAAGUGCACGUGGGAGACGAGGUUAUUUUUGAAAUUACGGUGACCGCAGACACGUGUAUGGAGAACAAGUUCUUUACCAUCAGUCCACGGGGCAUUAAAGACACGCUGACAGUGACCAUAAAUACCACAUGUAAGUGCCAAUGUGACACUGCUGGACCCAUUCUUGACCCCCAUCCACACUGCAAUAUGAGUGGAAGCAUCAGCUGUGGUAUUUGUAGGUGCAAAGAUGGUCACGUUGGUCAGUUCUGUAACUGCAAAAUUGGGGACAAAGACGAGCACACCCUGAGAGCAUCCUGUCAGAAGGAUAAUGGCACUGAGUGUGAGGGUCGAGGAGACUGUGUGUGUGGCCGGUGCGAGUGCCACAACACAGAUAGUGGAAGCCAAUACUAUGGACCCUACUGUGAAUGUGACGAUGACCACUGUGAGAAGUUUCAGAACCAACAAUGUGGAGGAAAAGGUAAAUGCAAGUGUGGAAAAUGUGAAUGUAAUCCUGGCUUUGAAGGCUCUGCCUGUCAGUGCAAGACCUCUGACGAGGCCUGCCGUACCGUAAACAAUAGUGUUUGCAAUGGCAGAGGGAUCUGCAAGUGCAAUCAGUGUGAAUGUAAAGGAGGAUAUCAGCGUCCUCACUGCCUGGAAUGUCCUGGCUGCACUGACCCGUGCCAGACCAAAGUGAACUGCAUUGAAUGCCUCGGCUUUGAAUCAGGUCCCUUUAAAAAAAACUGUAGUCAGGCUUGUAAGACCAUUUCUUCUAAAAUAGUGGAAAAGUUCACCUUUUCAUCCAAGGACUGUCGGCAGAAAGACAGCGAGGGAUGCUGGAUGACAUUUAAGCUGGUUCAGUUGGUUGGAGAGGAUAACUACGAGGCUGAAAUUAUGAAGCAACGAGAUUGUCCAAAACCGCCUGAUGUCAUAGCUAUCAUCGGAGGCUCCAUCGCAGCUGUGGCCCUCAUCGGCAUUCUGCUGCUGAUGCUUAUUAAAUUACUCCUCUACAUGAAAGACCUGAAAGAGUUCAGGAAGUUUGAGAAUGAAAAGAAGAAGGCCAGAUGGGCAGAGGCUGACAAUCCACUGUUCCAGACCGCCACCACCACUGUGGCCAAUCCUACAUUCACUGGUGGAGACUGAGGGCUAUUGUUGCAGUACACACAACAGACAGUUAUCCAAGUUAUGUCUGACUCUUUCUAAUGCUCACAGGUUAAGAAUAUGCACAUAUUUGCUAAUGGCUGCAUUUACUGGUAUUAAUAUAGACUUCUUUGCUUUCUUAUUUGUGAAUGCUGUUAAUUGUAUCAUAGUCCAACAAUUAUGCACUUUUGCUUGUUUAUUUUUUCAGAAAUGAUUUUUUUGAAAUUUAUUUCAUACUGUAUGUAAUACUAUAUAUCCGUGUAUCUAUAUGUGUAUCUAUCGAUCAAUAAAUAGACAUACACGUUUUCUCCACUGAAUUAUCAGAAAACUGAUAAAACAUCCAAGGUAGUGAUGCUUGUUUCUGUUUUUCUGCAAUCUAAACAAUAAAUUUGUGCAGUUUUGGUAAUAAAACCAUGAUAUUUCACAUAAUAUUGAUGUUGAAAAUUGGUAAUAAAAAAAUAAGUUUUUGGUUUUA